AUGGAUAAGUGGAAAAACAUACAGCUUUUUAAGGAGGAAGAAGAAGGUAUUACGGCGGAGGCUGAGCAAAUCUGCGAAUCGGAGAUCUUCCAACGUACCUUAACCGGUAAACUAUGGACAGAUAACAACAUCAACACAAGAGCCUUCACCAACACAAUAAUAAGAGUGUGGAAACUCAAAAACCCAAUAGAGGGGUACAAGAGUUAA